AUGACAUCUUUAUCCCUGAAAAGUUUUCAUCCUGGAGGAGACUGUGCAGGAGGAGGCAAAGGAGGUACAAGCAAAUCCAUGUUAUUUCUAAGGCUAUUGUUUAUUUCAAGACACAAUCUGUCAUCCCAGAGGCCAUUUUGGAUAUAAAAUGUACAAUAUACAGUAUAUGCAGUGAUUCUUGAAUAUACCUAUAGCCUAAUAGAUGCCUUAAUUGUUUUCUACCAACAGGAAAGAACGGUUAGUACAGCAUACCAAACUGAACCCUGGGUGCCAGACUGUUGCUGCGGUGGAGAAGGGGUCCACCUGGACCAUCACUAAAGAGCUCUUGGUCCAGCUAGAUUGCGCUCACGACCAUCAGUAUACAACCGAGUCCUGCCGCUAUACGCCUAAGAUGGAGCUGACGGAGAGUGAGAGUGAGAGUGAGAUCAGUGAAGACCAGAACUGA